GCUGCAGUUUAGCUAGAGGAGAGGAGAGUUCCUGUUGUUGUCCACUAGGUGGAGCAAUCGCGCCGCGGUUCCAGCAGCAAGAGCUGAGCCGCUGCGAAAAGAAGCGGAGCAUCCACGAGGAGCAGUGAACAGGGACAGAGCGUGCAAUGUAGUUAAGAGGAGGCUUUAUGGAAAAGUGCUUGAGAGGAGCGAAGGGAAGUUUUGGUAUGGCGGAAUAUGAAGCACAUUAACGUGCUGCUCAAAGCGUUUCUCAAAAAUCCUUUCAUUCACGCUUAAUGAGCUGUGGAUACAACUACUGCUACAGAUAGAAAGAAGCAUGAUUGCCUUUAUAGUAAUUAUAACUCAAAGAGUUACGAUUAUUACAAUAGCAUUAAUACUAAAUGAAUGAAGAAUGACAAGUCUGUGCGAUCAAAUUGUCUCAGGUGUUUGCAGCUGUGACAUGAUAAUCAAAAUGAAAUGUUUGUAUUUUUUCUGCUACUUCUAAUAAUUUGCUUUUGUUAAUAUGCGCCCACCGCAUUCGCAAAUAGUUGCAGGAAUUCGUGCAGGCUGCCGUUACUACGACUUUGUUCUCUGCUACACAGAAAGAGACACCAAGUUUUUAAUGCAUCAUUUUAAAAGUGCAUUAAAAAAUAAUAAUAAUAAUAAUAACCAGUGUGCAGGUUGAUUUGAGUGUUAGGAUUUAGCAUGCUGUUGUGACACUGCUAAAUUAAAAAAUACCAGUUUAAGACACUCUACCGAGAUAUGCAUCCUCGCCCGGGGGGAAAAAGCACAUGCAAUUGUUCUAAAAUUAUAUUUUUCAUUUGCAAUAGAAGAAAUGUUUGUAAAGGAUAAGUUUGAAAAACGCGCUGAGCCUAGCUCAGCAGCUCAGCUCAGGCGAGAGCACUAGGGGACCACUCAGUACUGCAGCUGCAGGCCUGCAGGGAUGGCUGCUGCCCUUUGCCACGCCCACUUUUUUCCCAAUUUUAUGUAUUAUUUCUCUAAACUAAAGUAUAAAUAUGUCAUUGAUCACACUGUCGGCAUGUAGACAGGUCGUAAUAAGUGUGUGGUGGCGCAUAUAAGUUGAAAUGUGGUGUUAAAUUUGCGCACGACAAGCACCCAGUGUUGUAGUGCUUGGUGAGGGGGUGUGAUGCUCUGAUAUUGGAAAAGGACGAUAAAAUUAAUAAAAGUAUGUUUUUUUUCGGUCAAAGUGUAAAAUUCUAAUAUAUUACAUUAAAGCGGGGCUUAUGCGAUGUCCAUGCGUGGUGAUUUUUAUUGAAAAAUCGAUUUUACUUGCUUGCCUCUGAAUAUUCAAAUUGAAAGUAACGCGCAAUCAAAUCAUUGUCAAAUCAUUGAGUUCUAGGGGUUUUAAAUAGUAGGCAUGGAGGGAGAAAAUCUCAAACUAAUAUGUCCCCAGCUAUAUUACAAUAUUGUUGUAUGCUCUGACUCUGCUGUGAGACAUUUGUGUUGAGAUUUUUGGAGACUUUUGCACAAAUUUCGUUCUUGGCCAUUUUGCUGAGGCAGAAAAGGACGUUGUGGAGUCCCACAGGUCUUCUCCAGGGAUCCUCUCUUCAAUUCAGCCAUCAUGUCUGAUAAGCCGAGGGUGUACCAGGGCGUCCGAGUGAAGACCACAGUUAAAGAGCUGCUGCAGAGGCACAGAGCCCGAGAGGCCAACAGCAAGAAACUGAAAACGGCUUGCUUGGAACUUCCGGAGCUUUGCGCGUUCACUCUCUCAAGUCGCCAUGUAGACCCUCCAGUCGAUGCUUCUUCAGCUGACUCCAGCAGCUGUGUCGCGCGAGCCCUGCAGGUGCGCACCCCCUCGUUCCCGGUGCCCGAAAAUCCGUGCAGCAUCCAAAUGCAGCAGCAGAGCGCCUUCAACGAGAUCCAGCAGCAGCAGCAGCAGCAGAUUGGGGACGCCAUGUUGCCCGGCAACGGCUACAGCUGCAGCAACAACAACAACAACCUCAGCGCAGGGCACAGCUACAGCACACCUCUGCCUCUCCCCCCCAUCUCCCCGCUGCCCUGGUGCCACGGACUUUCCUCAGAUGCGGACUACUAUGGCCAUGGGAUGGCUCCCUGCUCCUCAUCAGAGUCUCUCGUGAUCUGCAACUCCAUGGACCACAACAGCUACUCGCCACAGGACUCGUUCUCCUCCUCCUCGUCCUCCUGCUACGACUCGCCCACCAGGAUGGAGUCCGGCUACAACGGCUUCACCUCAGAGCACUACCACUACCAGCACUGUAAUCCCCAGGACUGUUACUGUCUGCCCCACUGUUGGCCGGGACAGCAGGAGAGCUUCCCCGCCGUUGAAUAUUCACCUUUCUUCAAUCCCACAGACUAUCCAUACGCCUGUACUGCGGAGGAAAACUAUUUUAGAAGGGAUUUUCAGUGAGCUCUGAAAUGUUUUACAGUGUUCAAUGAUGAGACCUUGAGCAGUAUUACUUUGUAUUCUGACUGUAAAUACGAUUCUUCUCAAGUACUCAGUAAGGCUGUUUGCUUGGUGGUCUGCUGUGCAUUUCAGUUUGUUUGUUUUUUUUUUUUUCCUCUGGUUUGCUUCAGUGGAGAGAAUAGGAUGAAUGCUGAGUGGAUGGAAAGGCCAAUAUUUUUGUAUCUUUUUUUUUUACUCUUUAGAUUUAUUUUCAUAUGCAUACGUUGUUGCUGUACAAAAUAAAAAUGUGUCAAAAUCAA